AUGACCAGCCAGGAAGAUGCAGAGAGAGUUAUACGGGAGCUCACUGGCGAAUACAAAUUAGAGGAGAAUGUGUUCGAGAACGGCAGAAAGUUCUUGCGCGACCUUCUUUUAUACAUCGACGCCAAAGGUUUUAUGAGAGCUAUAAUGCGUAAAGAAUAUCCAUAUGUAUCUUUUAAGAUCCACUCUAGUCACAUUGCAGUUGAGUUCAACGACGACGGGUUUACAAAAAGAGAUCUAGAACACAUAUGCUUGCCUUCCACCAUCGAGGAGAAAAGCACUGGUGAAGAUGGUCUUAGCUCGGUCUUCAAAUCUACAGCCAAGACUUAUCUCCAGUCAGGUAACUUCUCCCUUGACUUGCGUCUCACUUCAAGCGAGGGGAAAAUAAAACCAGUUUGGGUAUCGCCAGCUGCCUCGAUACCUGAUACACUAACGCGCAUGGUUGUCUAUUUUCACGAUUGCGGCACCGAAGAACAUCUGGAACGCCUGAAGAGCGUUAUUAUGGCACAAUUCGAAGGCUUACAAGCUGAGAGUUUGCUCUUUCUUAAAGCUCUUCGUCGUAUAGACGUUAAGUUCUACGGAAAGGGCGGUGAGCUCCAUCAAUCCAAGCAAUUCCACAAGUAUGGAAUGAAAGACAAUCGUGAAUUACUCAAAACCACCAUUAAUAGCCACGGUAAAGACGAAGAAAAAGGUCAAUUAUUUUAUGUGGUAGGCCGGGGAGCUAGGUUCUCUCUGCCGGAAUACCGAAAAAAUGUUACAUUGGCGUUCCCACUGACCGAGGCCGGCAAACCCUUAAUUGACACCGGAGGAAAGGGUUUAUUCAACGUUUUGCUUGUUAGCAAAUCAAAAUACAACUUUCUGAUGGACGCCGACUUUGAUUUCAACGAUCAAGACAAGCUUAAGCCUAACUCAAAAAGGAAUCAAGAAAUUCGCGUUUGCAUCGCAGCCGCGUUCUUGCAAGCCAUUUCCACGUUUUGCGCCGACCCUAUUCUUUGUUACGAAUGGCCAUUGUUUCUGCCUCCGAUCACUCACCAGACCCCCCUCAGUCGAGAGAUCCGGUACAGGACUCAGACGAAUCUUUUGGUGAAGGUCGAUAAUCAGCCAAUGUUACGAUGCAUGAAUAAGAUGACGAUCCUACCAGAUCAUUUGAAAGAUGAGAACGGACGACCACUGCUAGACCCUUUUGCAGAAGACAUGGUCUUGUCGUCAGACUAUCCUCAACGCGUGGUGGAGAUCUUCAAGGAGCACGGGGUAAAAGUCAUGGAGGACGAGACUCUUUUGAGACGCCUGGAGGCCGAUAUGGGGUUUCGAAUCAUUAAGACGCAUCAUAAAGAUACUACUGAGGAGUAG